GCGCCACAAGGGUUAGAUCCAUCAGUAGUCUCCCCAGUGCCUCGUAUCUGAUUCUUUCUCGGUCUUGAUUGGCAAGUGCUAAUCGUAGUGCUUAUAUUCAUUUUACGUCUUUCACAAAACCUAACCUUUUUGGGCAUUUUAUGCGCCGAUUUGUGUAUGUCUCAAUUGCCCGAGGCAAGACACGCUUCUUAGUCCUGCUAAGCUUGCUCGCAAGCAUGCAACCAACGCUUACCGAACAAGUCACAGCAAAAUUCGGAGAUCGGCAUGCCAUUUACCCAAGCUUAUUAAGCCUGGAGGGAAAAGAUGAAAAGAAUGCCUCUGUCCCCCGCGUUGCGUUCCAGGGGGUCUUCGGUGUGUCGUUCCUCCAGUGAAACCGGUGACCAGUGCACAGUUGCUCUCAACGCGACAACAAUCCGUCAAGAUGGCUCGCCGUCUGAUCCACUCGCUUUUCUUAACAUCACUUUUCAGCUCACUGGCUGUUGCGUCGCCAUGCAAGGCCUCAUCGAGCACCACGGCCCUCCUCUCGACUACGGAAACCACUUCGGAAGCAACGUCGACUACGACUCCGGUCGACCAAACUACAACCACAAGCCUCACCACAUCCGCUACUGAAGGGACACCGACCACGACUCCUGCCACAACCACACCCGAUUAUACCGAUACAACAUCAGUAUGCGUUGAGACUCCUCAAGCCACCCCUGAGCCGGUUUGUACCAGCGUUGGACAAACGUGCGAGGCCCAACUGGAACAAGUAUGCGACCCCAACGUCAACCCCAUCAAAAACGGGAACUUUGAGAGCGGUGAUCUCUGCCCGUGGGUUCUCUCCGAUGACAACGAAGCCUGCGUCUACAUUGGCUCCAACGGGGCUUUCGGCACGUCCAAAACAUUCCGCACUUCCACAAAGUUCAAGGACAACGUCUACCUAGAGAUGUACCAAGACACCUGGACCUGCCCCAACACUCGCGUCUACUGCACAUAUCAGUGGUACUUUAACAAAUACUACAUCACACCUAACCGAUAUGUGCCCUACUUUCGCAUCUGGAACGGCAACGACGAAAUCGGUAAUCGUUACCCUGAGAGCGACGCCGAUGCGGGUCACUGGAUGUCUGGCUCGUUCUCCUUCGAUACGCCCAGCAGUGGCAAGAACCGAAUCUGGAUUACGGCCCAGAGCCCACAGGUCUGCCUUGACAAUUGGUUUGCCAUCGACGAGAUUAACUGCUACGUGGAUGUUCCCCAAUAAGCCAGUGUGUGGUUGUCUAUAUGUUCGGACCUGGUCCCGCUUAUCGGCAUGGAUUGAGAGGAGGCGAGCUUGGGGUGUCGGAACGUGAUCCCGGUCUUGAACAUCGGCUUCGGCCUUGAGACUUCAGUGUUAGGUCUCUCCGAGACACGCCUUGAUUUCUAAUCGGACUAGUAGUGUGGUCACUUGAUCAAAUUUAUG